AUGGCGUGUUCGGCCGCGGCGGCCGCCGCGGGGUGGCUGGUGUCGCCGUUCCUCGACAACCUGAGCAGCCGGCUCCGCUCCUACGUUGACGACCUCCUUCGCUACCUCCCCCUCUCGGAGUCCGCCUCCGCCGACCUCGAGCGCCUCAAGGACUACCUCCUCCGCCUGCACGCGUACGCCUCCACCGUGGAGCGCGCCCAGCGCCGCCCGCCCCACCCCACGCUCCUCGCCUGGUUCAACCGCCUCCAGGACGCCGCGCACGACGCCGACGACAUCCUCGACGAGAUCAGCUACAGGCGCCUUGCGGAUGCCCUCAUCGGACCCCGCCCCGACCUCUGCAGCAUCCUCGACACCCCCGGCCAGCUUUGCAGCCGCCUGGUGUCAGUAUGCUCCGACCACCCCUUCAAACGGUUGCCCUCCGUCCUCGACAAGCUCGCCAACGCGUGUGCGGACUACGCCGGGAUCGCCUCCCUCGUGGGGAUCGAUGCCCCCAAGUCGCCGCAGCGUGGGAACCGGCUCUCCAGGAACUCUAGCUCCAUCAUCCCGGCCGACGACGCCUUCUUCGACCGCCAACGCGAGCUCCACGUUCUGGUCGAAAUGUUAGUUGGUGGCAACGGCUCUGCUCAACUACAGAGCCAGAGUGUCCCGGUUGUCGCCAUUGUUGGGGAUGGUGGGAUCGGCAAGACGAAGCUGGCUCAGACGGCAUUUAAUCAUGCCAACAUUCAGGAGCACUUUGAUCCCCUCAUGUGGGUGUGCGUCUCCAGCCAUCUGGAUGAUAUGAGGAUUACUAGGGAGAUACUGCAGGCUGCUACGGAUUGGAAGGUGGAUUAUGAUGGGAUAGUGAAUUUUGAUAGGCUGCAAAAAUUGCUUGUCUCUGCUGUUGCAGGGAGGAGGUUCUUGCUUGUCCUAGAUGAUGUUUGGGAUGACAACGAGAUGAGCAUGUGGGAUAACGGGGAGAGGUGGAGGAAGCUACUAGCUCCUCUGCAGAAUGGGAAUCAAGAAAGCAGGAUCAUUGUCACGACACGCAUGAAGAUGGUUGCUGACAUGCUAGGCGUGAGGAUGCCAGUGAUGUUAGGUGGGUUGGAAACUAAAGAGAAUUGGUUGCUUCUUAAGAAGUGUGCACUAGGUAGCGAGAAUAGUCGCGAACACCCACGUUUGUAG